AUGUUUUUCUCAACCUCCAACUUCGGCGUUCACAGAGUCUACGACGCGGAAGCGGUCGGGGCCUUCGAGGCGAUUAAACUGGCCAAGCUACGAAUUGCCGACACCCCUGAUAUCAACGAACUUGUACUAUUCUUGGACAAAUCGGCUGUUGUCGAUGGAAUUCUAGGCACCACCUCCGCCUCAUCACAAGGGGCGUACAUGGGCAUCAGAAGAAUCGCCAAAGUAAUACAAUCCAGAUUUACACCCGAGUUGCGUGGGUCACGGGACAAAGACAUAUAUGACAACGAAACGGCGGAUGCACUGGCUAAGGGGGUUCAGGAAUUCCAAGACCCCCCAAAAUCACUCCACCAUAAACCACAUAAAGAGAAAGGUGCGUCUCAGCGCUCACUCCAUGCCCCCGAGCUCUGA